CUUUUGAUCGAUAUUCAUAUUCUUCUGUGCUGUGUCCUGGUCGAGUGUUAUGGGUCUUCGUUCUCUUUCACAUUCUCUUCUUUUUAUUUAUAUUCUCUUCUCUUGGCGUGGGGAUUGAAGCCUCUCGUCUGUUGUUUCUAUUUAUACACCCAGGAGUCGCCGGACGGCUUCAUAUUAUCCCUUUUUUGUCCUUUCUCUUGAGCGGGGUUUCCAGUCGCCGGAUUUUCGACUUCAUCCUUUCGCUUUUUUGUGUACUCUGUUUGGUUAACUACCUAGGUACCUAAGUAACUUAGAUAUUUGAACAUCAUGUCGCAAAAUACGGGAAAUGCAAAGCCUGCUUGUGGCGGUGGUAAGCAGGCCGGAGAGUACGAUCUUACUCUACACACGGUUGGACUGUUCCUUGUCCUGACUGCAUCAAUCUUCGGGGCUGGCUUUCCCGUGGCCGCGAAGAAGAUCAGCUGGUUGAAGGUACCGGAAAAGGUGUUCUUCGCCUGCAAACAUUUCGGAACGGGUGUCCUGAUAGCAACUGCUUUCGUCCAUCUUCUCCCUACAGCCUGGUUCAGUCUUUCAGACCCAUGCCUUCCGGAUCUCUUUACCAAACAGUACCCCCCUCUUCCUGGUGUUAUUAUGAUGACUGCCCUCUUUAUUCUGUUUGUCAUUGAGAUGUGGAUGAACAACAAGAUGGGUGGACAUUCCCACGGCGGCGCCGCGGGUUUCGAGCACCACGCACCCGCUCCAAUGGUUGUUGCUCAGCCUCAGUCUCAGCCUCAGCACCGUGCGCAGCCAUCUGAUGCGACUAUGGUGGGCUUUGAGGCCGAAGACGUGGAAUACGAGAAGAGGAUGGCCAAGGAGGUGCACGACCACAACCCAUACCCAUACCCUGAGGACGAUCUAGACCUUCCCCGAUCCGAAAUGCCUCCGUGGUUCGUCGUUUUCUACGAGCAAUACGUCCGCCAACGUCUCGAGCUCGUCAACAUGAUCAAGGCAUCUGGUGGCAACAUGCCAGUACAGUCGGAGUCCAAGCAGGAAGUAGUGGUCAGCGAAAAGAGCAUGUUUGACGAGGAGGGCCAGCCGGUUGACCCCAUGGUCUACAAGAGGAUGUCCAUGAACAUUACACUGCUUGAGGGCGGUAUCCUUUUCCACUCCGUCUUCGUCGGAAUGACUGUUUCUAUCACCAUCGACGGCUUUGUCAUUCUCCUGGUCGCUAUCCUUUUCCACCAAAUGUUUGAAGGUCUUGGUCUUGGUUCUCGUAUCGCCGCUGUUCCGUACCCUAAGGGCAGUAUCCGACCCUGGCUAUUAGUGUUCGCUUUCGGAACGACCGCCCCUAUUGGACAGGCCAUCGGUUUGGCUGCGCGUAACAGCUACGACCCUAACAGCGCCUUUGGCUUGAUUAUCGUUGGUGUCUUCAACUCUAUCUCUUCCGGUCUUUUGAUCUACGCCGCUCUGGUUGACCUGCUCGCUGAAGACUUCCUCUCCGAAGAAUCCAGCAAAGUGUUGACGAUGAAGGACAAGAAGAUUGCUUUCAUGUUUGUCAUCUUAGGAGCUAUCGGCAUGGCUAUCGUCGGUGCCUUCGCUUAAAGAGCAACUAUGAGAACUACGAGAAGAUCCGGGGAAACGAAAACAUGAAGCCACGAUAUCAUAGUAGUAUUAUCAUACUACUUAAGCUGCGCUACUUGAACGGAAUGGCAUAAGUGAGCCAUCAAGCGGGUAGGAAAUACAUAAUAGGGUGACGGCCAUAGCAGGAAACUAGGACAUUGGAAGUUGUAUGAAGGGUCUCCCUUGUCAAAUUGUAAUUUUACAAGACAGUCCUUACCGCAUGCACCAGUAUUAGCAUCAUCUACGCAGCAUAUGGUUGGAUUGAGCAUAGGAGCGAAAUAAAGCGCGAUAAGAACGUUGCUUUCAACUUAGGCAGAACGACCGACGUCUAUAGGACGUCGAGUCGAGGAGACGGGGGGGAAAUGCUGCCGAAAUAAUUUCGGGGCAUACGAAAAUACCGAACCUCUGCCAAAAAAUUCCAGAGGCGACGGCGACGACAGGGCCGAGUCGGAGGAUUAGGUAGUUAUCAAGGUAUGAGGAGCGCGCGGAGGACAUUAACGAUUCUCAUUGGAGCGAAAAAUGUAUUACUAGAGCGAAUCCGGAGGCUACUCUGAUAGCAUAUGAAGAAUACCAAAAUCAAGUCAAACUC